AUGGCCGUCAAGAUCAACAACAUCUCUGUGCACAAGGUCCAACCACCAAAAGGUUCAAAGAUUGAUUUUGGAGCCGAGAUCAGGGGAGCAGACUUGGAGAACCUCUCAGGUAACACACUUCAUUUGCCUUCUGGACCUUUUGAGCUGAUGUUGUAUCGUUUCAAANNAGAGGAAGAUUUCAAGAUCAUCAGAAAUGCUUUGUACGAGAACAGUGUGGUUCUGUUCAAGAAUCAACAAUCACUCUCGCCCAAGGCUCAGUUCGAAUUGACACAAAAAUUUGAUCCAUCUGCUGGCUCUUAUGGACACGGAAAGACAAUCGACGCCAAAAGAAGCGUGCUCCACCCUGACCUCAAGACAAUCCCUCAUCAACCCCAAGUACAAGUCAUUGGAAACGGUCCCGUUGCCGAGUUCGAGGGAUUGAAAGAUAUCACACUCAAGCACCCUCACCACAAGACAUUCCAUAAGACACCAAUCAGCGAGGCCGACGACCGGGAUGCAACAAGAUUCUACCGCUGGCACAUUGAUGCCGCAUUGUACGAUCUGUCUCCGCCCAAAGUCACCAGCCUCAUGGCUGUCAGUGUUCCCAAGACGGAGUAUCAGACGUUAAAGUAUGAUGACGGAAGUAAUGACGAGAUGAGAGUACCUCGAGGCAGCACCGCUUUUGUGAGUUCGUACCGCAUGUACGAUCUCCUCUCAGAAGCCGACAGGGAGUUCGCUCGAACCACAAAGGUGCAAUACGCUCCUCAUCCUUACAUCUGGAUGUCGCCGGCACGAUCAAGAAGCGAUGGUCUUGGACUAGUAUCCGACGGUCUUGAGCUCUCUCGAGAAGAGCUGCCGCCAAUCGACGAGCAGAAGAUCAAGAUCUUGCCCAUGUGCUGGCGUAAUCCGGUCACUGGACGUCUCGCUCUGCAAGUCCAUCCGUCUGCGGUUGAAAAGCUUCAUCUUGCCGAUGGUUCUGUCAUUAGCGACCUGAAGCAAGUCCGUGAUAUUGUCCACAGGCUUCAGAGACCUGGAAUUGCCCCUGAGCUGGUGUAUGCAGUUAACUGGGAUGAAGGAGAUCUUGCAUUGUUCAACAAUGAAGGUGUGAUUCACUCGGUCACGGGCUCGUUCUUGCCGGAAGAGGUUCGCAUCUUUAGACAGUGUAAUCUGGCGGCUUCCGAGGACCCUCUUGGUCCAGAAUGA